AAAAAAAACAUUUUUUUCCUGAAUAAUAAUUUAAAAUUUGGCUUUAUUCGUGGUGCAACAGACACGAAUUAUGUUCUCCCUUGUCGCAGAUUAUGGAACCAGUGACGAGGAUGAAAGUUCGUCAUCCGGAUCCAGUAAUUCCGGCGAUGAAUCAAACUGUGAGGAAAAGAAAACGGACAACACCACACAGAGUACUGCUUCAACGCUUCCCAGUGCAAGUUUAAUGUUGGCCAACGAAAAGAAGUCGAUUCCUGGAGGUGUCUUUAGUAAUCCUUUUAAGGAAGCAGAAGACGCCAAGAUGGCAAGUUUGGAGAAGCAUGUCAAAAUGAUUGAUCCGGAACAUGAAAUCAGUGAGCAGAAGCGUAAAAUUUGCUGGAGCUAUAGGAAGGGUCGCUGUCGAUUCGGCAGCAAGUGUAAUUUUGCUCACGACUCCGAUCUUAUACUGAAGAAAGAUUUGCAUGGAGUUCAGGUUGAAACAGAAGAACCCGCAAGUGCAGAGGGCCCUUCUGGUGGACAAACGGAAGCGACUCAGGUGGCCCGCAAACAAACGAAUAAGAAAAAACGACCUGGGCUGAGCCGGGAAUUGGUACCACCGAAAAAGGUUCUUAAGAUGUACCAAAGGGAAAAAUAUAGCGGUAAACCUUGAGAAGGAGCUCGGGAUGUAUUAUAAUAGUAUGGGAUUUAAGUCCAACCGGCAACAAGAACGAGUUAUGUGUGAUCCACAAUUGUAAAGAUUUCAUGGAAGCCAGCAGUAAGAUGAACAGAUGUUUAAUACAUAGUACAAAUCAGCACAUUAUAAAAUCAA